ACAGGAGAAUUCCCAUAUAGUAUCAUAUAUGUAUACAUUUGGAAAUAAAAGCGACAAAAUUUCAACGAGGCGGUACCGAAAGGUAAGCUCAAAGUGAUGAUAAGAAAAGUCAUCUUGAAAAAAAUGAGUAAAUAAAAAAUAAAUAAGCAAAAUCUAUUAUAUCUCAUGUUACAAAUUUUUCUACAACGUCACAAGACAACAUAGUUCCACAGGUUUCUAUGCUGAUAUAAAUCAGUUUUAAGGAGGUGAUGGAUGUAUAUGUACAAGGCGUCAAAUUAUACAAAAUAUUUUUUUAAUAAGAUGUAUUAAAAAUAUUGCAAAUAAAUGUAUGCAAAUCCAAACAAGGAUUAUAGACAAAAUUAAUUUUAAUUUUGCCUAUGGAUGUAAUUACUGCCGAAUGACUUGUACAGAAAUCUCAAUCUCUAAUAUUUAGCGCAAACACGAGCUUUACGUUCGGUUGCACCAACAUUGUUUUGGUUUUAAACAAGACAUAAACAUAUGUCCAUCUUUAUCUUUAAAUAAAUAAAUCUUACUUAAAAUCGAAAUAAUAUCGGUGCAACCAGAACUUAAUCGUACAAAUUCAAUUGUUUCGGAAGAUAGAAGGGGUGUGUGGGUGACAAGACGGACGCAUCUGCAGCAUCCGCGGGGAAGGAGAGAGAGAGAAGGAGAGACCGGGUGGCUAUCCGCGUGGGUCGAUUCAUCGCGGCGCUUCGACGUGGAAGGGUGGAGGGCGUCCGCAUCGCGAGGAUGCCGGGGAGAAAGCGAGAAAGAGCAAGCCGGUUCCAAGGGCGCACGUAACAGGCCAGUAACGAGUCGGGGGACGCGAGCGUCGCGUUGCAGGCGUCGCCCUGGGCGCCGCCGACCGCCGAGAGCAGAUGGAAUCAACUCGCGUGCCCCGGGGCCCCGCUUCGCGCCUCGUCUUCCUCUUCGUCACCCUCGUGCUGACCGUCGCAGGUAAAGAGACGGGAAGACUUCCGGCGUCGCGUCCCGGACGAGACUGACGUCCGUCUCUCGAAUUAUAAGUCAACGGGGCUUCUCUGUGCCGCAAUAAUGUCGGACCACUGGGAAGAGAUCAACUGGAACAAGGAAGAUCUCAUCCAUGUAAACGUCAAUCUCACGUGGUACCUGAACGGCCAGGUGGCAAGGCUGGAGUCUUCCGUCAAUCAUCGAAAUAAACAUCGCGUCGCCAAAAGCUCGUCCUUCCUAGUUCCCAUGCACGGCGGGAUUUGGAUUAUGUGCGUUUCAUUAUCAGAGGAAGAUAUACAGUUGUUAAGUGAGGUGAGUUUCCCGCAAAAGAGAUGCGUUAAUUACUUGAAGCCGAGUGAGGCGCACGAGGAAACACGCGGAGCUUGGCAAAAACGAAUGCAAAAUCUGAGUAUCUCGUGUUCCCUGGUGUGCCUAAUCAUUUUAGGAUGCGCUGCACUUGUUGGACUUUUCGGGCUGGGCAGGCAUCAGAUAUCGGCCGUGCUCGUGACAGGGGUGAUGUACCUCCUUGCAGCGACAUUCGCGCUGUUCACGCUCACGAUCAUCCACUUCAAGAGAGCCCAGGACCGCGGCGGGACCAAACCAAUAGCGGACAGGCCUGAGGACGGCGUGAUCGGUACGCCCGUUCUUCGCAGCGUCCUUAGGGCCAGGAGAGUCACCACCGCGUGGAGCAUGGACCUGGGAUGGGGUGGAGUCACCCUCUGUGCCCUCGCAUCGGUAGCCUGGAUCCUCCUCAGCAAAAUCAUGCGCUUCAGCCCGAUCGCUGCCAUGAUAGCGUAGCAGUGGGACGCCUUCGAGGUCUAAGGUCGUUUCUGAGAGUCGAUUUUCGACGUAGGUCGAAAUUCUGCGUUUCUUUCGCAUGGUAACGUCCUGACACUUUUCCGACCGAUGUAUCAAGUUGGCGAAAGAGAUUUGUUUGUUGUUGUGCCGUAACCUUCUAUGUAUUUUCGAACUUAUCUCAAAGCCACACGUCCCUCAACUUUAUUUAAUAAAUACGGCAAAUCGUUUGCGCCAACUUAAUACAAUAAAUCUCAAGUGUUUAUCUCCUGCUAGGAUGUCACUAGAUUUCAAGAGUAUGAAUCUUUGAGAUUUAGGAUAUUCUAUGCCCGUGAAUUGAAAUAGAUUCUUGAAAAGAACCGCAAACUGAAAGCGGCUAAGAUGAUAAUUGUUGAGGAAGUUUAGUCCAGAAAUGACCAGCUCGAAGGCGACCAUGUUAAGGUGCCUAUUUUGUAUAACUUAUCUCGGUUGCAUAAAUAUUUCAACUAAAAAAAAACAUGAGUUUUAUCAAGAAGAUAAAAAACUUUUGAUUGAGGCUUACAAUUGAUUGACUGAUCGUAGAAUCACUCAAUGUCAGUUUAACAAUUGAUAUUCCUUUGCAUUUGUUUUAAUUACAAGUAACUGCAAGUAACUAAACAAGCUUGCUAACAAGAAACAUAAAUUUACAAGUCAAUAAUAUAUAUUCAUGAUAUAAAGAACAAGAAAUGAUGUAACAGUUUUACUGAUUUUCUCUCGGUUCUUGCACAUAAAAGACUCAGGAAUUGAUCUCAAAUGCUAUGAAGCAAUAAUAUUAUUUUGAGUGCCAUAGAUUAGAAGCAGAUAGUUUGUAGAACUUGUCGGUUCAGUUUUUAAUAUAUGUUCAUAUAAAUAUUGCUCUAAAUGAUUCAUAAAUAUUCGCUCAAUUCAAUUUAUACUUUUUUCAGACUUGUAAGAAUUUUUUUCUAGUCAUAUUUUUAUCAUUAUUAUUAAUUUAUUUAUAAUUUCGCUCUUUUUCAUAUAGUUUUGCAUUUAACAUCAAUUUUUUUCAAUUCUCAUUGUGCACAGUAACUUCUUUUUUAUUUUGCAAGAGUAAUAGUGAUAAAAUUAUUUGUGUAAAAAUUAUAGUAAUCAGAAAAUUAUACAAUUAUAUAACAAUUCUCUGAUAUAGUUGCCUAUGAUGUAAACCAAGCGCCUUACUGUUUAGAACAAUAAGUACGUAAAGCACAAGAUAACUAAAAAAAUGUUAAUGGUACUCAGGAAUGAGGCAUAAAGUAUGACUUAUUAAUUUCUCUCUCAAAAAAAAAAGAUGUAGUUGUCAUUCUUCUCGAAAUUUAUGCAAUUGUUCACUUUAUAUAUUCUAUUCGUACAAUUUUAAUGUUCUGAGAAAUUAAUCUGCAUCAUGCUUUAAACGCCUCACCUGUAUAGAGCAUAAACUUUUUCAGCUAAAGAGGAACUUAUUUUUGCUACUUGUUCUAGCAAUUAGGCAUUGUAAUUAUGCAUGGUAUGUAUCCUGCACAAAAGAAUUGUGAAAUGUAUUUCGUCCAUUAAAAGCUAAGAAACUUUAGAUUUGUUUUCUAUUCAACUGGACAAUUUAUGCACUUGAAAUGAGACGAUAAUCUUGUGAAAAAAAGAAUUAAACAACUGGUGCAAACUAGGUGCAGUUAAAAAGAACAAGUCUUUUGACACUUGAUGCACCUUUGUGACAAAACACAGCAAUUUUCUAACAAUGCAUUCUCAAUUGUUAAAUUUUUUUACGCGAUCCUUUAUUGUUUGUUACAUAUUAAAACUGACUGCAAUAAAUAAAAACUAAGAAAUCAA